AUGAACGGAGUUUUGGUUGCCUUUUUCCUUAUUCUUGGUGGGACCCAGGGACAAUAUGUACCUCAAGGAGUACUGCCUACACAAGCUGCCACGUGUAAAUAUGAAUUUACAGUUCCGGACACAAAAGGUGCUUGUUCAAUGUCGAAUAGCAACUUGGACAAAAAAGUCGACCAGGUGAAACAGGAUUUGGACAAGACUCGUUUGCAAUAUGUAUCUCAGAACAGUAUCGUCCAGAGUACACUAGCUCAGGUUCAGUCCGACACGGCUACUUAUGUAUCUAAAGUACAAGACCUUACCCGCCAGUUCCAGAGUCUUAAGCAGUCAGUCAGCGUGGCGCCCGCCGGUGGCAGUGCUCCAGCCGGUAACUCCCAAUACCUAAAUCAGCUUGUCAUUGACACAAAAGAUCUUCUUACGAAAGCUGUUCAGGAUAUCAAUAAUAAGAUCUUCAAUCUCACCUACCAAUUCCAGAGAGGUUCCGUGGAACAAUCCAAGGUAGAUACAGCUAUUGAGAAGCAAAUCAACCAGCAGGCGGUAGAUAUCGCAAAAACAGAACAAAGGUUAAUCAAUCUUGAAAAUCAAAUCAAAGCAUUGCAGGCGAGCGCCGCACAAACAUCAACUGGCCCUGCAGUGACAUCACCGCCUGCAUCUGUAGGAACAGGAGGUCCAACAAAUGCACAAAUUGCCCAACUGAAACAACAAUACAAGCAACUUGAGAAGGAUGUCCAGAAGCAAAACCAACAGCAGGCAACUCAGUUCCAGAACCUCAAUGCAAAGACAAAUCAACUUCUUGGACAAGUAACCAAUCAGAGUACUGAAAUCAACAGCAUAAGGCUCGCCACACAGGGCGCCAUGUCACGUGUUUUGGCGGCAGAGUCAAAGGUCACGGGUGUCAAGACAGACCUAGACGCCCUGAAACAGAAGAUUGAACCUCAGAUGGUAGUGGUGGCACAGGAGGUCGCUACACUCCAGAUAAAUGUUACAAAAGUGGAGAAAGAACUGCAGCAGUUGGGAUCCCAAUUGAUGACCAACAACGUCAAUUUUGUGUCGGACCACGCCAAGGUUCAAAGCAUGUCUUCCCAAACAAAACUGCUAGCCAGUCAGCUCACCAAGUUAGAGAAAGAGAUAACUGCCCAGUCCGGAGAGCUCCUAAAACUAACCAAUGACGUGAAAACAUUGACCGCAUCUCCAUCUCUGUCCACUAACACGACACUCUCCAGUGCCGCUCUACAACAGGCUGUCCAGCAAUUCGAGUCCAGGGUGCAGACUUCACUGAACAAGACACAAGGUGACAUUUCCCAGUUACAGAGUGUCACAAAAGUUCUUCUACAACAAAUCACUGUCUUAACAACCGGAUCUGGGUAG